AUGGAGAAGCUUAGCUAUUGGUACCAAUGUGGUUCAAAACCCCUGUCCCCUCUCACACUGGGACGAAUGAUAGACAUCGCAGGUGCACGCUGGGGGGACAAAGAAGCGUUCGUGUCUCUAUACCAAGGACAUCGUAUCACCUUCAGGGAAGCACGUGACGAGGCCGAUCGCCUUGCCGCAGGGCUCCUGCAGCUGGGUCUCAGCCCCGGAGACCGACUUGCAAUCUGGGGCCCUAACUCUAGCGAAUGGUUCAUCUCCAGAUUCGCCUCAGGUAGAGCAGGGCUUAUAGCGGUGCAAAUUGACCCCGCCUACCAGGGCCCACAGCUGCUGAGUAGUCUCAAUAAAGUGGGCGUUAAGGCGCUCAUCUGUUCAGAGUUCUACAAGACAAACAGCUGCUACCAGAUUGUGCGUACUGUAAUCCCUGAACUGGACAAGUGCCCGGAGUCCGGGAUCGAACUGAAGAGCUCUAAGGCUCCAGCACUCAAAGCACUGAUCCUCAUGAGCGAGAAACAGUACCGUGGCGCUUAUAAGUUCAGUGACGUCAUGGCUUCUGCACGUCAAGAAACUAUGAAGAUAAUUCAAGAAAUACAGACAAGGAUACAACCUGAUGAUGGAUGCUGCAUCCAGUUCUCGUCUGGAACAACCGGGCCGCCAAAAGCAGCCCUUUUGAGUCACCACAACCUGAUAAACAGCGCACUGCAGAUUGGCACGCGGUUAGAGCUGGAUAUAAAGGGCGCUAAGAUGGCCGUCACCGCUCAGUUCUGCCACACGUCAGGGAGUGUUCUGGGCAUAAUCUUAGGACUCUGUCAUGGUAUACCCUGCGUCAUAUUUGCACCUGUGUUCGACGCCAGAAAAACGUUGGAAGGGGUAAUACAGGAGAGAUGCACACACAUUUUUGCAAUACCAUCCGUGUACUUGGACAUGGUUUCUACGUCAAAAGACCUGGGUUUCAAGGUGACGACUCUCCAGGUAGCCACUUAUGGGGCAGCGCCAUGUUCUCAACAGUUGGCACGGCGGAUAAAGGAAACUCUCAACGUCAGAAGAUUGGUACCAGGUUAUGGGUUGACAGAAAUUUCCAUCGUGUUUUUGUCGAAACCCGAAGACACCCUAGAACAGAUGACGACAACAGUUGGUUUCGCUCAAGAUCAUAUCGAGGCUAAAGUUGUUGACAAAGAUGGACUCAUGGUUCCCAUGGGAACCCCUGGAGAGCUUUGGAUUCGAGGGUACAGCGUGAUGUUGGGAUACUGGGAUGACGAAGAGGAAACUCGUCAAUUCAUUGGUCCAGCUGGAUGGGUGAGAACUGGAUCACCAGUCUCAACGUACAAGCCAAGCUACCUUCACCGCCCAGGUGCUGAACCACUGUUUGCCCUCACAUUGGGGCAGUUAGCACAGAAAGCAGCAGAACAAUGGGGUGAGAAAGAAGCAUUAGUGUCAGUGUAUGAGGAGCAACACUACACUUUCAGAGAAAUGCUAGAAAAG